AUGAAAGACCUGACAUCCGACCAGCGCCGGGCUAUGGUUGACCAUCUUCUCUUGCGCAUUGUAAAGGGUCCCUUUAAGCUGCAACGUGGUGCGAUACAAGACGUCGCUCGCAUGUUUGGCCGCAAUCGCCAUACGAUUGCUGACAUCUGGAAGCGAGCCAACGUGUCACUGGGCAACGGCGACCUUCCAGCACAGUGGUGGGACGGCAAAAUCGGGACGUGGCACUUUACCGAGACCGUCCGAGCUGCACGGUCGUCGCGCAAUCGCCCAACAAGCACCUUGGAACUGCGACCCAUCAACGUCACACGACCGAUAUACAAGAAGAUGUUGUUCGACAACGUUAUUCCAGCAAUUAAGGCGAAGUGGCCCCCCAAAAGUAGCCGCUCCGUCCUCAUCCAGCAGAACAACGCCCGACCACAUGUGGCGCCUUGGGAUGCCGCCGUUGUCAGUGCCUGCACGUCCGACGAGAUCGUGGACGCAACGAACAAGGCCUGGGACGAUGUCGACCCAUGGUCGUUGGAACGCAACUUCCUUACCUUGCAGUGCUGUCUCCGCGAGGUCAUCAUGGCUGCCGGCGACAACUCCUACAAGGUCCCGCACAUGAAGAAAGAAGCCCUGAAGAAGAGUGGGAAGCUACCCGAGUCGGUGAUGUGCAGUGAAGACAUCUUCGAAACUGGCCACGGCUUGCUUGCUGACCAAGACAUGGCGUUGGUGAUGCGUGAGCUGUCCCUCCAAACUGCCACGGACUUGGAAAUGAGCGACAUAUUGACAGCGCUCGAAAAAGUCGGGAUCGAUGUGGAUGACGCUGACGAGUAG